UCCGAACUACAAUUCCCAGCAUCCUGCGCGGCGCGGGGAAGGAAGCCCGGGAAUGAGAGAAAGCGGCUCCGGGGGCAUAGCGGGCCAGUAAGGGCCGCUCCUCCUUUGAAGAGGUUUUGCGUCUCUUUCCGCCGGUGGCGUCGGCGCUCACGCAGGGGCGGGUCCCGGUAGCGCGAGGCGGUGCAGGGCGGGAAGGGGAUUCGUGGCGGCGGCGGCGGCAGGGACAACAGCGACGGCGGCGGCAGGGACAACAGCGACGGCGGCGGCAGGGACAGCAGGAGCAGUAGUGCUGUCAGCGCGGCGGUCGGAGACAUGGGAGACCCGGGGUCGGAGAUAAUAGAAUCUGUCCCUCCAGCUGGCCCUGAGGCAUCUGAGUCAACAACGGAUGAAAAUGAAGACGACAUUCAGUUUGUCAGUGAAGGACCAUUACGACCUGUUCUUGAAUACAUUGAUCUGGUCAGCAGUGAUGAUGAAGAGCCUAGCACCUCUUAUACUGAUAGAAUGCCUGAAUCUAAGGUGCCAUCCUCUGAGAAUCAUCGCCCAGAAAUGUGCUCUAGCUGCAAUGUUCCUCUUCCCAUUGGAGAUAGCAGCUCCUUCUCUGGGAGUUGUUCCAGCAGUCCAGAAAGGAUAGUUUCUCAAACUUCCUCUGUUGAGAACCCAUUGGAGAACCAGAAAAAUGAUCAAAAUAAUUCAGAUACUAAGAUCUCUGAGACAGAGACCCUUAAAUCAUCACAGAAUUUUCAGACUCUGCCUUCAUCUCCACUUCUGGUCCCCCAAGAAUCUUUGGCCUCUUCUGAGGUCAAAGAGAAUUUACGUAUAGAUUCUUCUUCAGCUUCACAGCAUGGACGGGAUGCCAUCCUCUAUCUCCAGACACAAGUAGCUGAAAUGUCCCGAGUGAUACGUGAUCUGCAGUCCAGGAGCUGUUUUAGAUUUCAUCAUUCUAGGCCAAGUGAGAACUCCUCAGUUCCUUGGGACAUCUCCACCUCUAAAGAGGAAAAUUUAUCCACAGUUGAAGAAGAAACUGAUUACAAAUCACCAUCAGCUGAUGACAAAGGGCAGCCAUCUGACCCCAGCCAAUCUAGUUUCACAGGUCUUUUGAAGAGAAUGGAACAAAGAGGUGUUAUAAAAAGGGUGACAUUACAAUCUGAAGCAGAGUCAUGUGAAGGGAAACCUGAUUGUGUGACUUCUAAAAAACGUUUGGUUCCUCCAUUGCAUCCUCUUCUGAGAAUUGCCACCACUGAGGUUUUUAAAGACCCUGCUGAUUGCCAUCCUUCUUCCUUCAUGGGACACAGGGUAUAUCCUGUGGCCAAGGACACCUCUCCUUUCCAACCAAACCCACCAGCUGAAGGCCCCAUUGUAGAAGCAUUAGAACACAGCAAAAGAGGAAACACAACAUCCCCUCUAGAUUCUACCUCAAAAGAAAUGGAGGUCAUGGGUUGUAGGUUUUACCAUGCUGCCUCCAUUGCAGCCCGAGCUGCUAGCUACAUGGCCUAUAUGACUCAAUAUCAGCGUAAACUCUGGGAAGACAUGGAAGAUCUGGUUCAUGACCCAGAGUUUGAUCGUGGAAAAGCAAGAUGUAUAAUAUCUGAUGGUAUGGAUGCAGGCCUUUGGCAGCUUUGUACUACUAGGGACAUAAUGGACUCUGUAGUCAGAGUUAUGGCCAUGGCCAUAGACUAUAGAAGGCAGGCCUGGCUUCGACUUACAUCUCUCACUAAGAAAACCCAGGAGAAGAUCUCCCACUUGCCCUUUGAUGGUACUUCCCUUUUUGGACAAGAUGUGAAAGCUGUUGUUGCAGAAGAGAACAGUAUAAAAGAAAAUGACUAUAAAGAUCACAAAUACUAUAAUCAGCAUCGAUACUUUUAUAGUCAUGAUCAGAAAGCACAUUAUCACAAUAGAGGAUACUCCAAAGGGGAUUGGUACAAACCUCGAAACCACCCCUAUAGAUAUAGAAAGAAGGGAGACUCUCCAGAACGCCAUGGGUACAAGAAUUAAUAACCUGUUUUAUGUUCAGCAGAAUAGUCAUUCAAGAUCCUAACUAUUUUACUUGUUCCUCCUCGUACAAAUAGGAUCUACACGUAGGAGAUCAUCUCAAAAACUGAAUGCGUGUCUGGAAUGAUCACAGCUGACAUUUGAAUUCUAGACUUUUGAAGUAUAUAAUAAAGAAACGCAUGACUUACUGGCCAAGUGAGCAGUGGAGACUUUCUUGAAAGGGUUGGACAAAUGUUUAUCCUUUAUUUCUGGUCCAAAAAUAAGUGUGGAGGAGGACCACUCAGGAAUCUGAAUCCUCUUGUGAUUAAAGAAAAAUAUAAAGAUGUGUUCCUCAGGAAAAUCUUAUUUGUAAACUGAGGACUAGCAGAUUUUGAAUCUAGAAAUAAUACUAGAUGUCUGUUUACUAAGACCAGAGGUAAAUCCUUAACUUUUAGGUUAUCAGUGCUUCCUUGUUCAGGCUUCAGUUUGACAGAUCUUCACAAAAUGACACGUCUGUUAAAAUGUCUUUAUGUCAAGAUGGUCAACUCACCAAGAGUUCAUACUACUAUCAAGCUCUGUGAGACUUCAGAAUCAGCCAUGAAGCUUUGUGUCAACUGGAAUUCAAAUCAAAUUUUGCCAAAUCCAGUUUGCUUCCCCUUGGAAUGGCUAGAUGUCGCAGGUCUAUUAUGGACACCAACUGGAAAAAGACUUCUACCUGUAACAUCUCUGUAGAAAUUACACAGUAACUAUCUUCAUCAAGACUUUGAUGGCCACCAUACCAUCACUACUCAUAAAGCUACAUGUGAGAGAAUUCUUUGUUGUUAUCAAUCCUAACAGUCUUUGACCUAUCAAGCUCUCAUAUCAAGCUGUAAGACUGAGUCAUGGUAGUCUCUCACUGUAAGCUGGGCCUUUCACCAAGAUGGCCUUCUUAAACAACCUACCUUCUAAACAUUUAAUUCUUUUGAGCUUGAUAGUGCAUCACACUCUAAAUACAAAAAAGAUAUGCACAUCAGUGCCCUGGAAAUAAAGGAUGUUACACGAUCCAGGCAUGCACAUCUGAACUCCUAAGACCAAGAAUUCCAGACAUGCCUGACAAUCUUGUCCCCUUAUUGUAAUAAAGAGGGAUACCAUCAGUCUAGAUUUUAUUGAGAAUCCUUAAGAUUUAAAGCAUAGCUGUGGAUGUAGUGAAGAGAAAAAGCCACACAGCUCUGUUUCUGGAUAUAUAAGCGAUGAUAUCCAUUAAUGAUUUGAAAGGCUGAAAUCAAGACUUAAGUGAUACGCUCUUGGUUAAUUGGUUACUUAAUUUAGUCAGAUUCUUAGUGUAAGAGACAGCUUAUCUUUUUGUUCCCAAUUGGUCCCAUUAAUAGUUUUUCACCAUACUGGAACUGGCAGCAGAUACCUCAAUUAUAUGUCCCACAGUAUCUUCUCUUUAGACUCAAGGUAGUGGAUGUAUGGUAUAUCAGCCCUUAGAUCCAUGUCUUCACAGCAUGACAUCAGGAAUGGAGAAUAUGUCAAGUUUGAAGGGUCUGAAUAUAUCACCUAGUAUUAUUUGCUUGGCAGCCAAAAACAGUUGUUUUUAUUGACAGACUUAAUUCUGUAACUUCUGCGUUUUUUCAUCUGCUUGAUCAAGGCAUUUUGGAUGUACUACUAAUGGAAUGUGGCACUGUUUUACGGUUUAUGUGGCUUCUAUUCUUGCCACAGUUGUUGCACAGUGGUAAUUGACAUUUUCUCUGGUGCCACACUUUUUAAUAAUUUAUUGGAAGCUCAUUCCUCCUCCCCCAUCAUAACCAUAUUCAGCACCCAUUUUUAAAUCUACUUUUCUUCCUUAUUUGUGCUACAGAGGUCGAUGGCGUAAAUUUUCCUACUUGGAAGAAAUUACUUUAUCAGUUAAUUUCAGGGUACUGUAUUGAUCUUGUUUGUCCUAUUUGUAGAUUAAACUUGAACUAGUCUUAAUAAAGGGGAUAUUGUUUUGCAAAUUUAGCCCAGUCAUGUCAAGAGUUAAUAUUUUAUUUUUCUGUAUUUUACUCAAAAUUUUAUUUCAACUUCUGUAGAAAUAGGUCCAUGCCAGCGUUCUCUACAAAGUGUCUUUCAAACUAAACCUUAGAAGAAUAUUGAUUACCUGAACAGAAACAAAGGCCUAAGAAAUCAUACAUUUUUGUAGCUUAUGUGUAUUGCACCAAUCAAGCAAUCCCAUGUGCUCUUGAUAUUGGCACUGUAGUUUUAUCUUAGAGGACUUGCCACUGGAGAACUCAGUGGUGAGAGACCUUGGAAAUGUUUUAUGUGGCUGCGCGUAAGUGUUUCUGACUGGCUAAGGCUAUUUCAGACUUUUCACUUUCCAUUUCUCCCCUUUUCCUUCCCUGAAUUAGAUGCUAUGUCAUAAACUUGGUGGUUUUUGAAAUACUCUUAUUUCAAACCUUAAACUAAACCAAAAUAAGUUAUGCCUGAAAAUGUGUUUGUCUGAAACGAUUUUGGCACUUCCCUUUAAUAUGCUUCCCCUCCCCUUUGCCUUUUAAAUUGUGGUUAAAAAAAAGAAAAAAAAAGGCACAUAAAGCCUAGCACCUUAACCAUUUUUUAAGCGUAUGGUAGUGUUGACUAUAUUUGCAUUGUUGCGCAGCUCCUCCAUUCUUAAAUAUUUGUAAGAUGAUGUUGCUGUUCUCUUUUCCUCCUGUGAUAUUUAUGUUGCCCAGUAAUAAGUAAAAGUAUCCUUUCUUAGUUACUCUAACUGAUAUGCCCAAGUGUCUCCAGAUACUCUGUUUUCCUGGAAGUGUAAAGGUAUUGGGAAAUCAUCAAAUUGGUGACCAAGUAGUUCUGAAAGGAUUUGACCGUUUAAUAGGGAUGGGGACAGAAUGCAGAUCAGGAAGAGUUUUUAGUUAUAGAUUAGUUUCUUGAUUGCAAAAGAAAUAUCUUUAAUGUGUUAAUUUUUUAUUAUUUUAAAAUCUCUGGCAUACUUGAAUGAUAAUGUUAUAAAACUUAAAAGUGAGGAUUUGGUCUAGGGAGAUUACCCCAAUAGAAUCAGAAACUCUUAGUCAGAUGAUAAAUACUCAUGUUAUGCCUGCCAUGUUCAGAACCUGCAACAAAAUUCUCUACUAGGCCAACCUCUAAUGUUUAAAUACCUCUAGGUUUUCUAGGAGGCCUUGGAAUAGUUGCAAGUUUAAUGAUCUGGUAUUCUCAAAAAGGAUGUAUCUAAUGAUCUUGAUUCUUCAAAAUGUUAUUUCUUGAUUAGAUAUACAAUGUAUACAGAGACAAUAUGGUUUCUUGUAGUUACUGUGUAUAGAGAAGUACUGUUUCCAUUUUUAUAUGAAGUGCCUUUUUAAAUUCUACACUUUUCUUUAAAACAGACUUUGAUGUCUUGCGUAUAUUGCUGGUGGUAUUUAUGUGAAUUUUGUACAGUGAUUUAAUCUUGUAGUUUAUUACUCUAUCAUUUGUACAAUUGCACUAUCUAAAUGUACUCCCUUCUGAAUGUUAAUUUGUUUUCUUUAUAGCACUGUUGAUUCAUUUCAGAAGGUUGUAGAGUACACCUCCCUCCCCCUUAUUUAACUAACUAGACAGUAGUUCCUUUUUAUUAUUAGUGAGUGGCCAAUUUUGGGGGGCCUUAAGGCAGCUUUGUUUUCUAUAGAUAUGCUCUAGGUUUUCUGAUUGUCUCAUAUCUAACCUUGUUCUUAGCCAUGAUAACACAACUUAUAUUUGAUAAGUGGAUGUGUUUACUUGGUUAGAAUAAGCAAGGACAUUUUUAAAAAGCAGUAAAUUUGCUGACACUUUAUCUUUUUUUUAAAAGAAUGAAUGACAGCUUCCUUAUCAGUAUAAUUACAUUUAAACUUUUUUUUUUAAACCGUGUGGCAGCUUCUUUAUCAAUCAGUAUAAUUCCAUUUAUUUACUCAGCCCCCAAAAUGACAUUUUGAAGGGAGCAUAAACUCUUUCAGGCUACUUGGACAGUAUUUAGUAUUCCAUAUUAGUACUACACUAAUAAUUUACUGAGUGCUACCUAAGUGACCUGAUUGAUAAUGUCCUUAAGGACCUGAUACAUCCAGGAUAACCUCUCAGGUACUGUAAACAAGGAGGUUGAAAAAGACACAUUCCAGAAUCCCUUCGUCUGGUAAAAUUGGAUACUGAUGUGGAUGGACAUGACAUUCAUUAUUCUUGAAGAUAUAACUAGUUGACUGGGAUUCUGAUGAAGGUUUCAAAUUAUGAAUUAGAUCUUUGUAGAAGUAGUUUAAAGAUUGCAGUAAGUGAAAUCUUUUUUUUUUUUUUUUUUUUUUUUUUUUUGUUGAGACAGUUUCGCUCUUGUUGCCCAGGCUGGAGUGCAAUGGCACGAUCUUGGCUGACUGCGACCCCCACCUCCCGGGUUCAAGCAAUUCUGUCUCAGCCUCCCGAGUAGCUGGGAUUACAGGCAUGCGUCACCAUGACCUGCUAAUUUUGUAUUUUUAGUAGAGACGGGGUCUCUCCAUGUUGGUCAGGCUGGUCUCAAACUCCUGACCUCAAGUGAUCCGCCCACCUUGGCCUCCCAAAGUGCUGGGAUUAUAGGCGUGAGCCACCGCGCCUGGCUGUGAAAUUUUUUUUUUUUUUUUUUUUUUUUAUGUGAGGCAUAUUUUGCCACAGUCUCGCACUGUUUAGGUUCUCUUUUGGAAUUUAUCAUUCUGUAUUUAAUGUUAGUGGCUAGUCCAAUAAUUGAUUGUCUCAUCUGUAUGCAUCUUAUGCAUGUGAUUCAAUUGACUAGAUCAAUUCUGUGUGGUUUAUCAUAGUAGAUACACAAACCAGUCUUUAUUUUUUACUUAAGAAAAUAUAUAAGUGGAAGUUAUCAGUAAACUGGUGAUUAUUGUAUUGAAUGCAAAUCUUUUUAUUAUUUUUCCAGAUAUAUUGAGUUUUAUAAACCAUUAAAAUAUUAUUUUAUGAAAUUUCCCUUCCUGGAUGAACAGAAUAUUGUUUUAUUAAAUCUUCUCUUAUUAGUGGAAUAUUUUUGUACUUCUUUGUCUUUUCAUUUACUUGUUUUUUGUUAUAAUGAAAACUUUAGUAGUGUUUGGUACCAUUGAGAUAACUUAUUACCGGAAAUUGUGUUUGCUUCCUGUGGGAUAUAUCUGGAAGUGGUCAUAGUCCAACCAUGUCCUUUUGAUGUUGUUAGCAUAUCAGUUAUUCUAUGUAUAGAUCUUUUCUUCUCCUGUAUUCAACACCUCUUUCUGAAAGGAUGUCUGAUCUUCCGAUAAUCUCUUCGAUGUAGAUGAUAUUUUUUAUUCUAUCAGUGUAUACUAGACAAGAUUUUGAUGUGGCUUUGUAUUUGUAUAUUUAAAUACCAUGUCUUUAAAGCAUUAUUAGAAGAGAUAUUCUAGUUUCUUCUAAUGUCCCUUUUAAAAAAAAAUAUAGCCAGUCCAGUAUCUCAAACUACUUUGAUUUUUGAACUUAAAUCAACUUUUAGUGCUACCUUGUUUAAUGGUAGUAUUAUUUUCUCAUUUCUACAUGUUCACACAAGUUUAUUAUAUAUAGUUUAUGGUCAGAUGUAUCUUAUAAAAAUUUUGAAGCCCAUCCCCAUGGAUUUAUUAUAAUACAGCUCUGAUAUAUCUUAAAGUUAACCCGUUUUCCGUAGAUGUUAAGGGCUUUACUGGUUGAGGUAACCUAUUUCAAAUGGUCUGUUGGGUUUUGUGAUACCUUGUCAAGAAUUCAAUAAGAAUUCUCAGGUUGUCUGUAUUUUCUUUUAGGACUUUGGAGAUCUCUCAAGUUGUAUUGUUUUCUAGUAUUCCUGAGUAUAUUCCUUUGGUAACAUGAAAGUAAAUAGUUUAUAUUUGAUGAUUUUUUUUUUUUUUUUUUUUUUGAGACGGAGUCUUGCUCUGUCACCCAGGCUGGAGUACAGUGGCGAGAUCACGGCUCACCGCAAGCUCUCCCUCCCGGGUUCACGCCAUUCUCCUGCCUCAGCCUCCUGAGUAGCUGGAACUACAGGCGCCCGCCACCACACCCGGCGAAUUUUUUGUAUUUUUAGUAGAGAUGGGAUUUCACCGUGUUAGUCCAGGUGGUCUCGAUCUCCUGACCUCGUGAUCCACCCACCUUGGCCUCCCAAAGUGCUGGGAUUACAGGCGUGAGCCACAGUGCCUGGCCUGUAUUUGGUGAUAUUUUUAAAAAUUCUACUUUGACCUUAAGUGCUUCAAGAAUUGUGUUCAGUUAGUAGUCCUUUUGUAAGACUAAAUUUCAUAUGCUAUCUUUGCUCCAUGAGCUAUCAUAGUACUGUUUUCUUUCAUUACCCGUAAGAGUGGCUCUAUCACAGCAUUCACUUAAGGGCUACAGUUAGACCUCUUGUUAACUCCUACUUUUAUCUGUGAUGGCUGUGUUUCACACUACCUUGAUUUAUAAAUGUAGUAAUGUGUUAAAUAACUAUAUGUUGUGGUCCCUUAAUACCUCUUUUGAUUGAUGAGGUAACAGUGAUGUGGAUGAUGAAAUAAAAACGUUUCCCCAAGUCACUAAACACAGUUUUCAAGUCAUUUUUUUUUACAUAUUUAAUUUACAUUUAACUACUGUUAGGUAUGCAGCCUGUUCCUUUUUGCCUUUGGUAGAAUAUAGUUAUAUAAGUAGUUUCAUUUAGAUUCUUGGGACAGAACGGCCUGUGUAUUGAUCUUUCUUUAAUGGCUUGGAACAGCUUCUAUAUAUUCUAACAGGUCUUGGAAGCAUGUUAAUAUCCGUCUAAUUGUCAUCUUCCUGCCUGUGAAGGCAGUAGAAGAAAGAAUCUACAUUUGUAUAGUCUGUAGUACAGGCUCUGUGCUGGUUGCAAGGCACUCUUGAGAGAGAAAUUCAUUCUUAUUUUGCAGAAGAAGAACUGAAACUUCAUUAAGUCAUUAAGCAACUUGCUCAGGUGGUGGAACUGAGCUUUAAAUAUGGACUUUUUCCAGUCUCAAUUCAGCAUUAUACUAGGCUGCCUCCAUGUGUUUUUCGAAGCCCCUUCAAGUUUUACUUCUAUGGUAAACUAAUUUUACAUACACAAAUCUUUUUGUUUUCUGAACUUCCCUUAUGACUCUACUGUCACCCCACUAGUAUUUGAUGUUUUAGGUAUUAACUAAUUCCUGAUUAUUUUACUUGUCAUCCUAUCCUCUUAGUUCUCCCAUUGAGAUUUCACUGUGCUGGACUAAGAUUAUUCUUGAUUCAUAGUCAUUGGUUUCUGUUUCCAUUCAUUUUCAGCGCUGAUUAUGUUAAUCGUAUUGCUUGGGUUUUUUCUUUGUUCUAUGUUGUUUAUUACAUUCAUUUUGUUUCAUAUACACACAUUUUUUUUAAACUGGCAUUUUGAGGAUGUUGGUUUAAUGGAAGGAAAAAGGAAUGGUGCAAAACAUAUGGUAUUUGAAUUCCAAAGACCUUGACCCUCCGUAUUAGCAAGUCACUUAUUUUCUGAGCCUCAGUUUUCUUACUCUCAAAUGAGGUAAUAUCCGAAAGUACUUUGAAAACACUAAAGCCCGAUACAGAUUUCCUUUUUCAAGUAAUUGUGCUGUUUCUAUUCAUAUUGGAUAUGGUAUUCUAUGGUAUUGGCUAUAGAUACAUACAUUUUAAAAUGUAUUUAACAGCAUGUAAAUGUUCAUUUCAUGCCAUGUGAUCAUGUUCCCCCUUUUAUGAUUUUUUAAGGCUGUCUUACAAGCCUAACAGUGUACUAAGUCAUUAAAAGAUAUAUUUAAAGUAAAAUAGUCUCUUUUCUCAAGUACAAGCUAAGAAAUGCUCAUAAUAAACAAUAAAAUAAGAGAAUGUAGAAUGAAGAGUUAGAGUGUAUAUGUAUGUGUAUAUAAUUUUUGAUAGAUGGUGUUUUGUUAUUUAUAUCUGUGUUGAAAACAGUCUUUUAGUUUGUCAGACAUCUUUUUAAGUACCUGCUAUGUGCAGGCAGGUAUUGAGAAAGGUCUGAGAAUACUGAGGGUUAAUAAGAGAUAGUAUAUUCUCAAGAGAAAUAAAUACCACUAAAGUAUAAGAGCAGAUGUCCUUUUUGGAAGAAUGCCUGUGGUGAUGGAAUAAGAAAAGCCAUAUAGAGGGGUGAGGAAAAGCUUUUCUUAACAAGUGUGUGAGCUGAGUUUUGGAGGAUGAUUAGGCAAGAGUUAGUUGGCCUGGUGGAGAAACAGGAGCCAGACAUUCAGGUGGAGGAACGGGAGUGUGGAACAGUGUGGGUAACAUAAUGGGGUGUGUCUGGUUUCAGAAUUAUAAGAAAUAGUCUUUAGGGGGAACAGAAAUGAAGGAAACUAAACAGAAGAUGAUAAAUUAUCUGUGAAUAUGUACUGGUUCCUACAUAUUCAAAGUGUGCUAAGUUUGUAUAGCCAUUACUUGUAAGGUUCUAGGAGUUGUCUCUCUUGGGGUUGGUUUGUACCAUAGUCCAUUAUGUACAUCUAGAACAAUUCUUUCUUUCCCGGAACUGAGCCCAAGGUGGGCUUUCAACAGUGCACCUCUGGCUCUGGGGCAGCUCAAGCAAUCAGAAAGAACAGAGGCACUGGUAGAAAACAACUCUGAGGAUGAACAGGAUAAUGUUCCUGAAGUGGAAUGUGGUAUCCCUUCAUGGUUAAAUGGUUGCAUACUUCAGGGUCACCUAUGGAAAGGUGUCCUCAGGGUAGCUAAAAGUGGUUAAUUUCCUUGUGUUUUGCCUUACAGAUCAUUUCUAGGUGGACUUGGGGAAAAUAAAGAUACUUAUAAAAAUAUUGCUUCAUUGGCAUUUGGAGGUGUUGUAUUGAAGGAGGAAGUGGGUUCCUAUCACCAGAACCCUCUCUAGGUGAUUCAGAUAUAUCUAACUGCAACCUCCACCUCCCAGGUACAUACUGGCUAACUGCAACCUCCACCUCCCAGGUUCAAGCGAUUCUCCUGCCUCAGCCUCCCAAGUAGCUAGGAUUACAGGCGCCUGCCACCAUUCCUGGCUAGUUUUUUGUAUUUUUAGUAGAGAUGGGGUUUUGCCAUGUUGGCCAGGCUGGUCUCGAACUCCUGACCUCAAGUGAUCUGCCCACUUUGGCCUCCCGAAGUGCUGGGAUUGCAGGCGUGAGCCACCGUACCAGGCCGCAUUCCCACUUUUGCUUUUAUUUUCUCUACAGUUCAUCCUUUUUUUUUUUUGCCUUUUGUGCCAGAGGUGGAACAGUGGCACUCAGGGUUAAAAAACUCCCUUUUGCUUUGUCACACUUCAGAGUUACUGUGUUUUGUUUUGUUUUGUUUUUUGUUGUUUUGUUUUUUUUUCGUUGAGACAGAGUCUCACUUUGUCGCUGAGGCUGGAGUGCAGUGGUGCGAUCUUGGCUCACUGCAACCUCUGCCUCUCGGGUUCAAGUGAUUCUCUUGCCUCAGCCUCCCGAGUAGCUGGAAUUGCAGGCACCUGCCACCAUGCUCAACUAAUUUUUGUAUUUUUCGUAGAUAUAAGAUUUCACCAUGUUGGCUAGGUUGGUCUUGAACUCCUGACCUCAGGUGAUCCACGUGCCUCGGCUUCCCGAAGUGCUGGGAUUAUGGUUGUGAGCCACCAUGCCUGGCCGUAUAUUUUAAAAAUCUCUUAAGGUCCAGUUACUAUUAUAUUUUGGUCCUGUACUGAAGGAGGAUGUAAGUCAUUUUCCUAAAAUGAUUUUUAUAGAGAUAGAUGUUGGCAGUUUACUCAAAAGAGAAUAUAGGAAAAUCUUUUUUAACAGGUUUGGUGGGACUAGCCUUAUUAACUGAAUAAAGUACUUUACAGAAUGGGGUAUAUCUAUAUGUAUGUUUUAAGAUUUGUUCAUACAAAGCAGAUGUUCUGUGUACUUUGUAUUUGUAAACUAAUUGGGGGUGGGAAGGAGAUUGCUUUGUAAAGAGGGUUUCCUGGUUCUAAAACUUUGCUGCUGGAGAUGGUAAGAUGGUAAAUAAAUAUUGUACUGUUAUGCUGCAUAUAUCUCUUCUGCUUUAUCUGUAUUUGCAUAUAAAAUUCUUGAGAAAAACC